AUGGCAAACAAGGUGCUAAAGGUUGCCGAGCGAGUGGCUUUACCAUUCAUCCAGCCAACCUCCGCCGAUCCAUUGACUAGUAGGUCCUUGGUCCUGGGUGAGUUAUGCUGGCAAAUUCAAGGAAUGAUGUACCAACAUGUGUUUCCAAACUCUUAUGACUCCAAGAAGAGUUACAAGAUGAAACACAUUGAGCAAGAUAUCGAUGAUCUGGAAGACGAGCAGCAAAGAAAAGAAGCGAAGAAGAUAUGGAAUGAGUUAAAACAAAAGCUCAAAUGUAAAAGGCGACACAUAAGAGCUAUGAAGUCUAUCCAAGAUGGUCGAAAUGUGACGGCUCAUCCCGUGAUUGAUGAAGUCCUCGUGGAUACCUCGGUGAGAAUCAUGAAUGAGGCAGGAAAGCUGGAAGACUGGCACUAG